GAACGACUCAGCUUUCCAGACAGUCGACGAUCUGCGCACAGCCAGAGUAGAGGCCGUUUCGAUAUCUGGACUGGGUGCAAUGCAGCUUCAGCAGGCAGAACUUUUGUCGCAAGGCUUGAACGUGAUGACAGAUGUCCCGCGUCUCACAUUCGCUUUCAAUCAGAACACGAUUGUUCAGGACGUAGAAGCCGGGCUGGCUGACGUUGGCUUCGUGAGAACCGAUCUGAUCGACCGGCUUGUUACAAACAACGUCACCAAGUGGGAAUAUUUCCGUGUAAUCGGUGAGAUUCCCGAUCCAGAUUUUCCCUUCGCUCGCUCCACUGCUUUUACGCCUGAGUGGCCGAUCGGUGCAUUGCCGCAUGUGACCGACGAGGUCAAGGAGCUGGUCGCAAGCUCCCUGAUGACUUUGGAUCGCUUCUCGCCGGACACGGCGCUUUCUGAGCCGGCAAUUGCAGGAUUGGAAACACCCGAAGCCGCCUUCAGGAAUUACUUUGGGCUGCUGGACAUUCUCCAGAGCAUCAAGUACUAUGACCAAGCUACGAAGAAGUGCCUGAGGAGUUCCGAUGAAUAUGAAGCCAUCAAUUGUCCCGGGGGCUACGUGAAGAAGGGCAGAGACAAAGUGUUUUGCCAGGACUGCCGCGACGGGUACAGCUGCCUUUGCGAACCUUGCGCCAAGUUGCGUGAUCCAGAAUACGUGCUGAGAGCCUCACUCUCAAGCACAUCCUGGAAGGGCAGCAUUGACGUUGAAAAGGUCAACAACGAGAGCUUCGUGGCAGGCAGCUGUCAGCGCAUGUCUGUUUGCGGUCGUGUAUUUGCUGGACAAAAGCUCCGGUGGGUUCUCUUGGAUCAGAUCGGGAAUGUAAGCCGGAACGCCAUCAACGCGCCACUGGUUACCAGUGUGAGCUUUCGCACCAGCAUCGAUGGAGCCUGGCUAGCCACAGAUGUUCAAAACAUCAAUGUGGGAGAUACAGAUACUCAGGAAUAUGCUCUGGAAUACCGGGUGGAAGGUUCUGGAACUCAAGUGAUUCAGGUGGACAUCAAUGGCCAGCCGGCAGAUGUAUCACCUGUGAUUCUUGAGGUUGCGCCAGCACCGCUGAAGCAGAUCCAGUGCCCUCCGGGCAACCAAGCCGACGAAGAGGGCCUCUGUGUGCCCUGCUUGCCUGGAACCGCUUCGCUGGGUGGCGAUGCACCGUGCCGAGCUUGUGACCCGGGCACUUUUCAACCCUUUGCAGAGCAGGCAAACUGCGAGGCUUGCCCAGUAGGCACAUCGCAGUCGGAGGCGGCAUCUGUAAGCUGUGAGCCGUGCGCACCGGGCUUCUCCAGCCGUGGGAAGACGGGGUCCCUGGAUUGCAGCCCAUGCGACCCGGGCCAGGAAGCUCCCAACAAUGGUAAGGGGACCACAGAGUUGGGUGUGACAGAUCCCUCUUUGUGCAUCUGCCUUCCGGAUGAGUUCCUCCACCGCACCAUGCUGGCAGCACAGCACUGGCAAUGGAUCGAUGGGUGGCCACUGUACUCCUUGCAUGCCAGGGCUGGUUUGUCCAGGGCUCUGUCGGAACAUGCGCUGACGGCCGCGAAGGGCGCGCCUGCAACAACUGCAAGGCUCCUGGUAGAGGGGUUUGAUUUCGAAGGCUUCAGCGCUUUUGUUUUGCGGGUUUGCAGUUCCGUCAUGCAUGGCCUGCUGAAGGUGGAUGUUCUACCCGCUCUCCUGGUUCUGCUUGCGACCAUGCUGGUGGGCGGGCUCCUGCUCUCCUUUGUCCACACAAACGCAGCACGACAGAGGCUCGGCCAAGUCACGGUUUUCCUGACCGCUGGGCAGAUCAUCCUGAUGCUGCAACUGAUGGCAGCCAUGAGGAACUUGGAUUUGGAGUGGACAGGGCCUGCCCUAGUCGUCAUGGAUUUCCUAUCCAUCUUUGCAUUCGACGUGGAUCUCCUGAAUACAGGAUGCGUGGUUUCCACUGAUGGAGCGGUCUUGACCUUUGCCAUGCAGCUGCUCGCCUAUCCGGUCUUCGCGGCAGUGCUGGUGUUGGUUUGGAUCUGCAUCAGCCGCCUCGGGUUGGAGGUGACACGUAACGACGUCAUCAACAUGAACGGCUUGGCGUUGCUCACGUUGUACAUGACGCUGACCAUCAAUUCCCUCCUUCCUUUACAAUGCGUUGCAAAUCCCAACGGGACCUACAGCAUGCAGACGCAGCCUGGUGUGAUAUGCUUCCAGUCUGAUGAGCAUUGGGCCUUGGUUUUCAUGUGCAUUCUGGGUAUACUUAUGUAUCCAGUUUGUAUUCUCUCCGUGGCGCUCCGAGCCACGAUCAUGUACCCGUCUUAUAUCAGCUCUGGCAAGGGCCUUCUGAUCGUGAGCCGGUACAGGUUCCUCUUCGAACGUUUUCGUGCCAGCCGCUACUACUACGGUGUCAGCUACCUCCUCAGGAACACACUCCUAUCCCUGAUUCCAGUGGCCGUGGCAAGCUUUCCCACCAUCCAAGUCGUCCUGCUGGCAGCUGUGCUUCUUGUAGGAAUGCUUGUGCAGAUCCGCUCCUGGCCUUGGAGGACGCAGGUGGCAAAUGUCACAGACAUGCUGUUCUCCACUGCUGUGGUGCUCUUCCUUGUGGUCGCGGGGCCAAUCCUCAGCUUCGAUCAGAUUUCCGACCGCCACUCUUAUGCCGUGUUUUUGUCCUGGACGUUUACCAUGCUCCUGGUCUUCUCGUUCCUGACCUUGCUGGUGGUGAUCGCUAUCUUCCUUUGGAGAGCCUUGCUGCAGGAGAAGACAUACAAAGUCUUCCUCACUCAUCACAAGAGUGCAGCUGGCGCUUUGGCUCGUUUCAUCAAGAGUAUCAUGAACAAGCACUCGCAUGACAAGGUGUUUCUGGACUCUGAUGAGCUGCAGGACUUGGACUCAUUGUUCGAGAGUGUGCGAAGUGGAGUGGCGUACUUGGUACCGCUGCUUACUCCUCAAAUGAUGUCGCGACCCUGGUGCGUUGGAGAGCUCGUGACCGUGUUUGGGAUGGAAACUGCUGAGAUUGGUUGCGACGAGCUCAGGCGCAUUUCAACCGCGUCGCGCAAAGGAGUGGUUGGGUUGAAGCUUGUAAGUUUCUGGGUGGAACUUCGGGUCUUCGGGGCAGCACAGCGGAUCGUUAAUGCCUGGAGCCCAGACGACUUCCAGCCGCUUCUGGCUGUGGGCAUUAAUGAGGAGAUGAUCGACGCCAUGAUUGAGCACAUUUAUGCUCUCCCAACCAUUACACUCAAGCGCGACGGUUCCAUGGAGGAGCAGGAGGCUACAAUCCUGCGAGUCAUCACAAGCAGCGAAAUGAAACGUCGUCGCUUCAUUGACUCGGCCUCCACCUCGAGUGGAGCAAGGGUGCUGAUCAUCGGGCACACAGAGGACGUUGAAGCAAUGUCCGCCAGCAUGGUGUUGCAGAUCCACCUGCAGCGUAUUCUGCAGGAGAGGGUCACCGGGCCACGCACCAGAGAAGAGUUCAGCCAAGCGCUGCCCCAUGCGGACUGUUUGGUUGUGCUCUUGCACAAGGGCCUCCUCUACAAUCCCGUCUUUGCCGGGAUGGUGCUGGAAGCCAGUCGAGUCAUGCUUAAGGACGGUGACGGCACUGGCUCAGAAAUCUUGAUGUCCAAGCAGCCUUCAAUUACGUCAUCCACAUCAGGUGCUGAAUUCAGACAAGGUAUGGCUUGGAACCGAAUGAUUACAGUAAACGCGGAUGCUGGCUUCGUCUAUCCAGGCCAUGAGUUCUACACCACACUACAGGGACAGGGCUUAGGAGUUGAUGGUCUUGGGCCCGACGUGGGGCCCUACCUGGUGGAUGCUUACAAGGCAAUCUUCAAGAAGAUAGCCAUGCCCUUCAGCUGCUCUCAUGCUGCAGAAGCCAUGCUGUUGCAGCAGACGAAGGAGAUUGGCAAACGCUUGGUUGCUUCCAUGGAGUCGUUGAUGAUGGGCAAGACAUCUACAGGGCGCGCAGGGUCAGCCGCCGCAGAGUUGCUCAAUUCCGUGAGUCCUGCAAGUCUGCGCACAGUCCGGGACUCCCACAACUCCAAAGAGUCGCGUGAGUCCAAAGACCGGGCAGUUUUGAGUUCGAAGGGCAGCGGCAGAGAGUCCCCGAACAAGCAACUGUCCCCCACCAUGAGGCCGACGACUGCUCCAGUGUCAGAUUCUGAGGGCUUAGGCCGUUUGGGUCUGUCAGACAGUGACUCCGAAGUGGGUGACGACGUUCCGGUGGAGAACGUGAACUCCUCAUCAGCCUUGCCUUUUGAGCUUCCAUCGGCAGAUCACUGCGAGCGAAUUUCUUUUUGA